AUGCAAUUCUGUCCGAUAUGCCGCUGCUUUGUCGCCGACUAUCAUGAGCACAGUGAUCAGAGCCUCAUUCAAUGGAAUCAACAAGCCGAUCAUGUGAGAAUUGCGACGCAUCCGAUCCGUCAAGUCGUUUCUGCUGAAGGUAACGCUGCCGGCCGAGUCUUGCCGACUAAUGGACGGAGCACUCCACGCCCGUCACUGGAAAAUCCGGGACCUGUCGAGAGUUACAUGGACAUUGGAAAUGCCGCCGGAAUGGCAUUGCCGACGCACAGACAGAAUGGGCACAUUCCAUCCAUUCGUGGCCGGAAUCGCUUUCACUUUACCCCACCGCCAGCCUACCAAUUCUCAGAGCGCAACUUGUUUGCGUCGUCUUCCGAUUUGUUCGGGGCUGCUAGUGGCAAUGUGCAGCGUCCGAGUGUUGCUGAUCUCUUCAACAGAACCGAAAAUAUGCCGCCUCACGAAAAUGAGGAAAUUGAACGCGCUGAACCUGAUUUUCGCGAGGCAACCGCUCGUGGUAUUGCGAAUGCCGAUCUCACCGAAGCUGAGAUGGGAGUUACUUCUGGCGAUGCUACUUCAACUAAUUACCAAUAG